AUGGAGACCGUUUACUCUGACAUGGACAGUUCGAGCUGCGACUACUUUACGCACGAUGACGAAGACUCGUGCAGCAGCAUGCACGCUUCCUCCCCGUCAUCCUCCACCGGCAAGCCCGCCUCCCCUGCUAGCGACUGCCAGGGCCCGUGCUCUACCGAUAUGGGACAGAAGAAGAGACGCAGAGGCAGAGCGAGGAAUGAAGCCACCGUACACGUGGUCAAGAAGAACCGGCGCGUAAAGGCAAACGACCGCGAGAGAAACAGAAUGCACAGCCUGAAUGACGCUUUGGAGACCCUCCGGACCGUUCUACCGGCGUUCCCCGAUGACAGCAAACUCACCAAGAUCGAGACUCUGCGCUUCGCUCACAACUACAUCUGGGCGCUCUCCGAGACCAUACGCAUCGCCGACAUUGAACAACGCCAGAACAAAUCACGGGCUGAUGCGUCUCUCUUGCUUCCCAGCCCGUGCGUGAUUGACGCCUCGAGUCCGGGCAGCGAUGCUUGCUCCUGGAGCUCCAGCGCGUCCUCCUCUUCCUCCUCUCCGUCUUAUUGCACUUCAAGCCCCAGCAGCCCAGCCGCCCAUGAUGACUAUGGGCGUUUCCAGACUGAUGUUCUACAGUACAGCUACCACAACUUUGUACCAGGCAUGUCCUACUAA